AUGUCAGGCUUCCCUAAGCUCAUCCCGGCUUUUACAGUCUCUAUCGCCAUUGACCCGCCAAAUCAAUUCGGUGUCACAGCCACUGGCAAUGGCCUUGAUAUGGUGGCAUUCAUCCCAGGAGUAGGCGGCAUCAAGUCCGAGCCAGACUACCCCAUCCAGGUCGACGCUACCUGGCUUCACGGCUCAGAUUACAUCAAGGCCGAUCCGGACGGCAAGCAUGUGCGUCUCGACGUCGUCAGCACGGCCAAGGACAAGAAGACCGGCGGCCUGAUCCGCUACAACUACACCGGCACCAUCGACAUGACAGGCGGUGCCGGCCGUGUUCUCUCUGGCCAGCCAGGCGCGGAGACGACCGAUUACGGCGAGAUAUUUGCACAUGUGAAAAUUGAGACGGGCAGCCCGGAGCUGAUAGAGCUUCAGCACAAGACCUACACUGCCGCUGGCCGCUUCGUCGUGGAAGAGGGCAAGCCUCUCGUUGUCGAGUACAAAGUUAGCGAGGUUGCCAUUUAA